UGCCGCCUGGAGAAAGCUGCCAAGUAUGACAAAAUCAAGAAGGUGGUGAAGCAGGCAUCCGAGGGCCCACUGAAGGGCAUCCUGGGCUACACCGGGGACCAGGUUGUCUCCUGCGACUUCAACAGUGACUCCCACUCUUCCACCUUUGACGCUGGGGCUGGCAUCGCUCUCAAUGACAACUUUGUAGAGCUCAUUUUCUGGUAUGACAAUGAAUUCGGCUACAGCAACAGGGUGGUGGACCUCAUGGCCUACAUGGCCUCCAAGGAGUAAGAGCCCAUCCUGGACCAUCCACCCCCAGCAAGGACAUGAGCAAGAGAGAGGCCCUGGCUGCUGAGCAGUCCCUGUCCAACAACCCCCGACACUAAUCUCCCUCACAGUUU